AUGAAGAUUGCAGCGCUGUGUGGAAUAGAGACUCUACCACUGAGAUGGGUUUUACUGUUUCUGUAUCCAUCUCUCAGCCACCAGGCUUCUUCUGUAAUAUUUUCAGUGAAGGUUGAGUCUCCAGUCUCAGGGCUCCUUGGUUCCUCUGUGUCUCUGCACUGUGCUGUCACCAACAACAUGGAUGUUCGAAACCAGGAAGUGCGCUGGUACCGUCCCAAAAUGUAUGACACCCCAAUACUCCUCUAUGAAAAUAAACAGAUCCAGAAGAGUCGUGUAGAUGUUCAGUACCAGGGCAGAGUGUUCCUGUUAGGAGAUCUGGAGAAAGGAGACGUCUCUGUGAAACUGGAGAACCUGACACUAGCAGAUAGAGGAGACUACACAUGUCAUGUGAGCACUGAUAUGUGGUAUGACAAGGCCACAGUGACCCUCAGACUGAGAGUGGUGGGAUCCACUCCUGUUCUUUCCAUACAUGAAGCAGGAGAAGGGAAGGUGAAUGUUAGCUGUCAGUCACAUGGUUGGGUUCCUGAGCCAUCAAUCACCUGGACAGAUAAAGAUGGGAGAGAUCUGAAACAUCUCAGUAACGACACGUUCACCAACAUUCUAAUCCUACACUUACUGCAUCCACUUCAGAGGCUGAUCCUGCUGCCCUCACCUCAGAUCCCGAACCUGCUUUCUCCACCUCAGAUCCCAGACCCACUAUCACCACGUCAGAGAACAGUUACACGAGUGAUGAAGCUGAGAAAGAGUACAGCGUCGAGUUUACACCACAGGAUGGGUUCUGGGUUCUCUGUUAUGAAAGAGAUAAAGGAGUUUAUAUCAGAGAUCAAACAGAAGUGA